AUGAACUUGAUUCAGAACUACACGUCUGAUUCAGAAGCAGGAGCAGAGACAGAAGAGGAAGAAGGCAGAGGAGAAGAAGAAGAAGAAGAAGAAGAAGAAGAAGAAGAAGAAGGAGAAGAAGAAGGAGAAUUGGAAUUAGGCGAGGACAUAGCGCUAGAGGAAGAAGAAAAACCAUUGACCAAUCCGUAUUUGGAAUCACCACCGCAGCUCCCCGCCAUUGAAAUCUAUCUGCUAAAACACCCAACCAUCAUGAACAAUAUACUAAGAAUCAGAAACAUGUAUGUGUUUCUACCAUGGCGUCCAUCACUUCGAAUAUCGCAUACGCUAGACAAGUUGACUGCGAAAGUAAGCCAGCAAAUACCGAUCUUGGCCCGCAACUAUAAACUUGUUGCUGCAAACAAGGACAGGAAACGAGAUAUAAAAUUGCACGUUACCGUGGUGCCGAACCACUUGAUGCCCGAAGAGAAUCGAGAUACGUUGAUCAAGGUGUUGGAUGAGCGGCUAACGAAAAUUGGGAGCGCUUAUGCCAACACGUCCAAGACCGUUGCUGUGUCUCCCAUCCUACAAGCCACUUCACAGCGGCAACAAUUUGUGCCAUUGGCAAUCGAGAAACACUUGGCGGUUGAAUUCAACGGCAAUACAGGCAACAUUUUCCUAUGCGUUUAUUUGGACUUGUCUGAUGCACCAACUAGAGACUUUUUGCACCAAGUGCAAGCUGGGGUCAAUUGUGCGUUAGAUUCAGCGAAAGCUGUACCGAAUGGAGGCCAAUUUACUGGACGACUCCAUGUUUCCAUUGCUACCGGAUAUCGGACAAGACAGGAAUUGAGCAAGACACAAUUGCAAAUGGUCAAUCAACAGCUUCUCGAGAUGGAUCUCGAAGGUGCUUUGGAUGAUGUGGCUAUUGAGGUUGAUAGAUUGAUGGUCACUUCACCGCCUACGCAGCAUGAUGUCACUCUUGUAUGA